AAGGAAAAUAAACCAGCGCAGUCCCCGUCGCCGUCGUGGCCUCACGCUUCACACCCCCCACCCCACGCGCCCACGCCCCUCCGGGCCAGCUGUUGAAGCGCGGCGGGGACGAAGCAGGAGCGCCGCCGGCUCCCGGACUCCUCCGCCUAUCCGAAGCGGCACAGUUUCUUAAGUAGUGCACAAUGUCUGGGUGUACAGCAAUCUUGCGUCGGUCAUCUCAGAAUCUUAUGGAGUUAUCGAUUGGGUCCAAAUCUCCUGGCGCUUCUUUGAGGGGGUUCAACAGCUGUGCCAGGGGCAAGGCAAAACCAGGCAAUUCAGUUAUUGGGCAGAUGAAAGCAAUGGAUCGUUUUCCUCCAGCCAAUGGUGUGUCAAGGGCUAUGAUGCCCCUUUCUGCUUAUAUGGGCACUAAUUGGUUGAAUACUUCAAGGCCCAGUUUUAAUGCAUUGCCAGGACCGUUAGGUGUUUCCAGCAUCCGCCGUGCAUACUCAUCAGACACUGGAAUUAAGCCUGAUGUCCCAAUUGUUCCUCCCACUGAAACUGCUGAGGUUGGUACUGGAGGAACCACUUGGAUGGACAUUUUUGAAAAUGCUCGCAACUCCGCCAUCGAUGCUACGACUGAUGCUGGCAAGAAAGUGAAGGAGAUGACUGAUGCAGUUACACCCCAUGUUCAAAGUUUUCUUGAGGCAAAUCCAGAUCUAGAAAAGGUAGUUGUUCCACUUGGAGGAACAUUAUGCGGUACGAUUUUGGCAUGGUUUGUCAUGCCUAUCAUCUUCAAGAGGCUUCAUAAGUAUGGUUCACAGAACCCGAUAUCAGCACUUUUGGGGAACUCAGUCAACACUAAUGCUUCAUAUAGCACCAGCAUUUGGAGUGCAUUGGAGGAUCCUGCAAAAUACUUGAUCACAUUUAUGGCAUUUUCAGAGAUGGCUGCAGUGAUCGCACCAAGUGUAUCACCUUAUUUUCCACAAGCAUUGAGGGGUGCAUUCGUCUUGUCGGUUGUCUGGUUUCUUCAUAGGUGGAAAGCAAACUUUAUCACUAAAGCUAUGGCCAACCAAACUGCCUUAGUCACUGACAGAGCAAGGUUAUCAGCUUUUAACCAAGUGUCUUCAUUGGGACUGAUUGCACUUGGUGUAAUGGGUCUUGCUGAGGCUUGUGGUGUAGCUGUUCAAUCAAUAUUAACUGUUGGUGGUGUGGGAGGUGUUGCUACUGCUUUUGCUGCUAGAGAUGUCCUGGGUAACGUGUUGAAUGGGUUCUCCUUACAAUUUUCUAGGCCAUUCUCAGUUGGAGAAUACAUAAAGGCUGGGUCAAUAGAAGGCACGGUAGUCGAAAUAGGACUUACUUCAACUUCGAUGAUGAGUCCAGAAAAGCUUCCCUUCACAGUGCCCAAUUCUCUGUUCUCAAGUCAGAUUAUAGUGAAUAGAUCACGAGCUCAGUGGCGAGUUAGUGUGACCAAGAUUCCUAUAAAACUUGAGGAUAUUGAGAAAGUUCCUGCUGUAGCAGAGGAGAUAAAGUCUAUGUUAAGGUCCAACCCAAAAGUUAUCUCGGAAACAGAUGCUCCUUACUGCUACCUCUCAAGAUUGGAAAGUUCAUAUGGAGAGCUUGUCAUAGGGUGCAUCCUCCAAAAAAUGAGAAAGGACGACUUGAUAUACGCAGAACAGGACAUUCUUCUAGGAGCUGCCAGGAUCAUCAAGUCACAUGGCGUUGAGUUUGGAAGCACCACACAGUGCUGCUGAUUCUGAUGUUUUCUCAAACUCAAGUAGGGUGAACGUCGCUAGCCUGGAGGAGUACAUACGCGGAGGGUUAGAGGAGAUUUUGCUUGGUGCGCGUGCGAACGCAGGGACCUCUUGCGGAACCAAGGUGGGACUUUUGUUGCCUGUCCUCAAUUUGGCGAACAUACAUCGUCCGCUGCCGGAGAAUAUAACUGUCUUGCGUUACAACAUUUUGCUACGUACGCUGAUAGUACUGCUUAGCGAGUAGUUUACCAUGAUUCGUCAGUGUUCAGUCGUGGUAACUUGAAACACAUGGGGUGGCAUGAUCCACCGGAGGUCUGCAUCAGGGCCAAGGAGUAUCCCGUUUGGCCUUGGAACUCUAAAUGCUGGAACGUCGACAUGCGUGCAAGUGUUGUUUUGAUGCAUGUCUAGGCGUGAUAGACACCUUUGUCCUGAAUCGGUGUGUCGAGGACCAUGUUGACACGCGUCGUUCGGCUUUUAUUUCUAGAUCUGGCUACUAUAGUCCUAUGCAUAUGCUUGUUAA